CGCAGGCCUAUGUGGCGUUCUGUGAGUGGUGACACGUGUUGUCCUUUAUGUCGGAUAGAGCAUCUUUGGUGCCAGCUGCAAGUCUUCCAGAAGUUUCUAGAAGCUUCUGGAUUGCUUCGCUGAUGUGGACGCCUUGUAUGCUCAAAAGUGGUGUGGUCCCUGCCAUGUAGGCAGGGAAUUGGGACCAUACCUCUUCAAGUCCCCCCAGUCCAGUGUGCCUUCUAGUUGAGUUGAUCGUCUAAGAGGGAUUCUGGACUUAUGAGAGUAGUGGGUUUUUGCGGCGCGUGGAGUUUGGUAAUUUGGAAGAAAGAUUUGAAUCAAACGGACGCGCCAUGCGUAAGUUUUUUGGCCCUCUAUAAAAAUGAGCCAAGUGGAUGCAUGGCGCAUGGGUCUUGGCACUUUGUAAAAAGUUGAGCCAAGUGGACGCACGGCGCAUGGGUCUUGAUACUUUGUAAAAAGUUAAGCCAAAUGUACGUACGGCACGUGGGUCUUGGCACUUUGUAAAAAGUUGAGCCAAGUGGACGCACGAGGCAUGUGUCUUGGUACUUUGUAAAAAGUUGAGCCAAAUGGACGUACGGCGCGUGGGUCUUGGCACUUUGUAAAAAGUUGAGCCAAAUGGACGUAUGGCGCGUGGGUCUUGGCACUUUGUAAAAAGUUGAGCCAAGUGGACGCACGGCGCAUGUGUCUUGGUACUUUGUAAAAAGUUGAGCCAAAUGGACGUACGGCGCGUGGGUCUUGGCACUUUGUAAAAAGUUGAGCUAAGUGGACGCACGGCGCAUGUGUUUUGGCUCCUUUGUUGUUUCCUUCUGAUGGAAGUUUGGUGGGCAUGGGGAAGUGUUUGGUGUGACUAUCUGACGUCCCUGUCUUAUCGGAGGUGAACAAUUGCUUUUCCAGUUACUUUCUGUCACGUCAGCCGGUCUGUUCCCCAUGUUUCCCGAAAAAAGAGCCGACGUCUUCUCUCUCUUCUGACGUGUCAUUCCGUGAUUGGCUCCUUUUUCUGCAUACUGACGGUCCACUACCCAUCGCAUUAAAUGCGAUGGGUAUAAAUAGGAGGCGGUUCCCCUUUCAUCUUCACUUUUUCAAAUUUCAAGUGUUCUUCCCUUCUAUCUUUCUCCCUUCAGUUUUCGUUGUUUCGAUAACUUUCUUUAAGUUCUUCUUUCCGUCUUCUUUGUAUUUGCAUCAUGUCUAACACGAAUCCCACCCAACGGAAAAGAAAAUAUAAGGGGAGGGCUCCUCCCGGUCCUGACCAGGCGGUCAUUAGUUGGAAGGAGGAGGAGUUCAAUAAUCUGGUUGGGGGUAUGGGUUUCCGUCCCGAGUGGGGAGCCCAGUAUCCUCCUGUUGGUUCUACUGCCUUGGACGCUCCUCCGGGCCAUAUUACGUUAUAUGCUGCGUUUUUCCGGGAAGGUAGUUUCAGAUUACCUAUUACAAAGUUCACCGCUUCUGUGUUGAGGGGCUAUGGGCUUCAUAUUUCACAACUGAAUGCUAUUGGGCUUCCACGCAUUACUCACUUUGAGUAUGUCUGUAGGGCUUAUCGUAUUGAGCCUACGUUUCAGAUGUUCAAUGUGUUUUAUAGUGUGACGUAUGCUAGCGGUUUCUAUUCGUUUCAAGCACGAUCGGGUGUUGCUCCGGUGUGCUCCAUGCCUUUGAAGAGUCUUCAUGACUGGAAGCAGAAAUUUUUCUACAUCCGCCGUGGUGUAAUCCCGAUAGAUAUGCCUUAUCGGCAGGUGGGUCAAGGGAUUCCAAAGGUAGAUGUUAUGGAGGAUUAUGGUGCCCAGGACUGGUUCAAGAGGAUAACCCAGAAGGCGACUGCUAUUUCUCAACUGGAUGAGAUGGCCCUGGUUGGUGCUGGGAUGAGUUUGUUGUGGGUGCCCAAGAAUCCAUUGGGUCAGCCCGUCUACAGUUAUCAGGGCAAAUUUGGUUACAGCUUGUUGAAUGUCCUGGACCCUAAGGCGGCGGGUGCCAUGGUUGAAGCUAUCCAAGCGGAAGGGAACCCGACGUGGUUAGACCAGAUUCGGGGUCGUUUUUUGCAUCCAACGGAUGAGAGCUUGAAUAGAUAUGCUAGCGAGGUUCUAGGUGAAGAUGUUUGGAAUGACUCUGUCGACCCGGGUCGAGAGGGGGUUAUUGUCCUUUCAAGUGGAAGUUCUGACCAAAACUUUGAAGAUCUAACCUCUCGUUGCGCGCGUGCAGGUACCGCGCAAGGCAAUGCUGCUGAACCCGUGCAUGAGGUUGUCGGUGAUGAUGAUGAUGUAGAGGUGGCUGUUGACUCGUCUGCUCGGUUGGAGUCAAGGAAGAAGGCGAGAACUGAUAAGUCUGGGAGGAGAGAGGGAAAGACUGAGGGUAAAGCUGCUGGUUCUUCUCGUAAGCAACUCUCUACUCUUCCUUGUCUAGAUUAUGUGGUAGUUUCUGACACGUUGUCUGGCCUAGGGGCUGGUGAGAGGAGUCGAGAGUCGGAUCCUGACGACAGUGCUACUCUGACUGAACAUAUGAGGAAAAAGGCCCUCGAGGAUCACAAGCGCAGGCUUGAUGAACAGUCUGCUGCUCAUUUUGCUGCUAAAAAGGCGAAACUCCAUAAGGAGGCCCCCCCAGCACCCUCGGAGUCUGAGAUUGAUCUUGGGGUUUUUAGUGGAGGACAUGGCAAUCUUUUGGAAGAGCUAUAUGCUGCAUCUGCCCCUCCUACUGCGGCCAAGUUUGGCAAGAAACCUCGUAUGGUGGAUAUUUCUCAAAUUACGCCACCUGCUUCUCCCCAUCGAGGACAGUUGGUUUGACCCCUCCUCGUGAUGAUGUUGAUGUGAGCACAAGGGGUGGGGAAGGGUUUACUGAGGGAGUGGUUGAAGGAGGUGCUGAUGCUGGAGGUGAUGGUGGGGGUGAUGGUGGAGGUGAUGGUGGGGCUGAUAAAGGUAAGGGUGUUGAAGUGGAGAUGGAGUCUAGUGAGACUACUCCACAACAAACCAUUUAUACCAAACGUCCUUCUGGUGGAGGUGGGGCUACUUCUAGCGUGGUGCGCAACCCGCAUCUUGAACAUGACCCUGCUGAUUCUUGGGGCUCAUGCCCCGUGCUGGAACCUUACCCAGGGCUCCAGGAUGAAUGAUGUCAACAAUUGCCACGAGUUUUUUGCUAUGUCCCUUCCUCCUGCUGAGAGGAUGUUUCAGAAGAACCGCAAUCGUUUUGCCCUGUUGGACGAUCACGUUCGUGCCGGAGUUAAUUUCUUUGCUACUUCUCAGGAAAUUCUUUGCGAGUGGCGGUCAAUGGGGGAAGAGACUCUUGAGUUUGAGGAGUCGAAGAAGUUGUUUGCUGAAGAGAAGGAAAAAUUUAAUGCGGAGAAGAAGGGCCUGCAGUGGAGGGUUGCUGAUGCGGAAAAGAAGCUUGAAGAGCAAAAACUGUUGAAUGAUCAGAAACAGAAGGAUUGGGAAACCGCGUGCGCGCGCACGAAUGUUGCGAUGCAAUCUUAGCGUGAUGCGAUCGUGCGGUUAUCUGGUGAAAAAGCAGAACUUGCUGAAGAGGCUCAGCAGGCGCGAGU